GACCGGCCCAGAGCUGUCCCGGUCCCGCGGGCCGCUGGGUCCCAGUCCCAGGCUGGGCAACGGGGCUGCCAUCUCCAGAGCUGCUGACAGCGACCCGGAGCCCCGCGGGCGGGGGCCGACAGAGAGGGCAGUGGUCGCUGGGACACCUGAGCGCACAGGUUGAGGAAGGAGGAAUGGAGCCCCACCUGGCUCCCAGCUCUAUGGUGGUGUCCCCAAAAGGUUGGGGACCAAAGGUAGUCCGAGACCAGAGCUCUUCUCCUGGGGCCAAUCUCUAAGGCCUGCUGCCUGAUAGCUGCCUCACCUCGCCUCCCUGUCUGUGGCCUGGAGAGUCCAGCCUGAAGGGACCCCCCCUUCUCCUGGACAAUGGAGCUAUGACCCUUUGGAGGUGACCCAGAAGAGAAGGGAUGCAGGGCUUUAGUCCUCGAGAUGAGAGUCCCCUCCAGGGCCUCGUGGCCUCCCGCAUUGAGACUUAUGGGGGCCGGCGUCAGGCCUCUACCCAAAGCCCUGCUGGCGGUCUCUAUUCUCGAGGAAGCCCUGUACUGGAUCCCAGCCGCCGACGCUUCCCGCACUAUGUCCCCUUCGUCAAGGGUUCUGGCCCUUCCCGAGGCCUGUCUCCCUUGAUGUUGCGAGAACAAGAGCUCGAGAAGAAGCAUGGAGGUCAUUUGGGACCUGGCCCACCUCACUCCCCGAAACUCAAGAAUUUACCAGGUCUUACAGUAUCCCUCACCCCAGCUGUGAGCCUCACCCCUCUCCUCCCAAGCCACACUGCAGAUAAAGUGAAGGAAGUUACCAAGGCCCAUGAGCUAGAGUUGAGGCUCCACACAUUCAGCAUGUUCGGGAUGCCCCGCUUGCCCCCUGAGGACCGACAAUAUUGGGAGAUAGGAGAGGGUGGUGACAGUGGUGUGACCAUCGAGAAGUCCUGGAGAGAGCUGGUGCCUGGGCACAAGGAGAUGAGUCGGGAGCAGUGCCACCAGCAGGAAGCUCUGUGGGAGCUCCUCACUACUGAGCUGAUCUACGUGAGAAAACUCAAGAUCAUGACCGAUCUCCUAGCUGCUGGUCUGCUGAACUUGCAGCGUGUGGGACUGCUGAUGGAGGUGUCAGCUAAGACCCUGUUUGGAAAUGUCCCUGGCCUGAUUCGAGCCCAUCGGAGGUUUUGGGAAGAGGUGCUAGAACCCUUCCUGGAGGAAACUCGGGCCUCAGGCCAGCCUCUGGAUCCCAUCAGGCUACAAAAUGGCUUUCUGACGUUUGGCCAGUGGUUCCAGCCCUAUGUCCAGUACUGCCUGAGAGUGAAGCAGAUCAUGGCUUAUGCUCGGGAGCAGCAAGACAGUAACCUUCUCUUCCACACCUUCGUGCAGUGGUGUGAGAAGCACAAGCGCUCAGGGAGGCAGAUGCUGGGCGACUUACUUAUCAAGCCCCACCAGCGCAUCACCAAGUACCCACUGCUGCUGCAGGCUGUGCUCAAAAGGAGCCCUGAGGCCCAAGCCCGAGAGGCCCUGGAUGCUAUGAUUGCAGCUGUGGAGUCGUUCCUUCGACAUAUCAAUGGUCAAGUCCGCCAAGGCGAAGAGCAGGAGAGUUUGGUGGCUGCAGCUCAGCGCAUUGGGAACUACGAGGUAUUAGAGGCAUCCAGCGAGGAAGUGGAAAAGAACUUGCGUCCAUUCUGCACUCUGGACCUUAUGUCCCCCAUGCUGGGGGUUGGCCCUGAGCACACCAGGCAGCUGCUGCUGGAGGGACCUGUGAGAGUGAAGGAGGGACGAGAAGGGAAGCUGGAUGUGUACCUGUUCCUCUUCUCUGAUGUGCUCCUGGUGACCAAGCCCCAACGUAAGGUGGACAAAGCCAAGGUCAUCCGACCCCCUCUUAUGCUGGAGAAGCUUGUUUGCCGACCAUUGCGAGAUCCCAACAGCUUCCUGGUGAUCCACCUUACUGAAUUCCAGUGUGUCUCAAGUGCCCUCGUUGUACAUUGUCCCAGUUCCACAGAUCGUGCAAGGUGGCUGGAAAAGACCCAGCAAGCCCAGGCUGCCCUGCAGAAACUGAAGGCAGAGGAGUACGUCCAACAGAAGAGGGAUCUCCUGGCCCUCUACCGGGACCAAGGCAGGGAGUCCCCCAGCACCAGGCCCUCCACGCCUUCCCCAGAGGGCUCUCAAAGCAGUGCUGAGGGGAGGACUCCUGAGUUCACCGUCAUCAUCCCCCACCUUGUGGUGACUGAAGAUACAGAUGAAGAUGCUCCCUCUGUACCAGAUGAUACCUCAGACUCUGGCUAUGGCACUUUGAUGUCAAGCUCCCCCAAGGCAUCCCACUCUCGGCUAAGCCGUCUGCGCCCCAGGGCUCUUAAGCGGGACCCUCGGCUGACCUUCUCCACCCUGGAUCUUCGAAAUGUUCCUUUGCGCCCCCAGCCAGCUGAUCCCCAAGCGCCCCAACGCCGAAGUGCCCCUGAACUGCCAGAAGGGAUCCAAAGAGGGGGCAGUCUUCCGAGGGUAGACCCACCUACCUGGUCAGAGGAGGAAGAUGGAUCCUCAGCAGGAAGGAACGUGGUGGAAGAAACCCUGCACAGAGCCCAACUUCGGGGGCAGCUCCCUUCCUCCCAGAACCACACUGACUCUGCUGGAGAGAGCCCCUGGGAGUCCUCAGAGGAAGAUGAGGGGCUUCUCUUCCUAGGCCCUGGCUACAGCCCCUGCUCCCGCCCACUCCGGGCUGAGGACAUGCUCAGGGAGAUCCGAGAGGAAUUGGCCAGCCAAAGGAUUGAGGGAGCCCCAGAGCCUAGGGACAGCAGACCUCGGAAGCUGACUCGGGCCCAGCUGCAGAGGAUGCGUGGGCAUCACAUCAUAAAGCUGGACACCCCCCUGUCCACUUCAGAGGUAUGAGAAAUGUCGAGGCCCUUUGACCUUUCUCCCAGAAGAACUAUCUCCCUAAGAGUGCUGGUCACCACCCCCCAUCCUGGACUCUACCUCAAGGACCACACUGCCUCUUGCUCUUUGGACUUUGAGGGUCAAGAACUGUAAAUUUAUGUAUCAUAGACACCCAUGAGCCCCACAUAAAAGUUGUACACAAAAAUGACUGCUUGGUCUGUGCUAGAUCAGUAGGAGAAGAACAAGAACUUGGGAAGGGGAAUCACAAUAAGCCCAGCCUUCUCCUCUGUCAGCUAGCAUGAUGGCAGUGGACUGCUGGCC